GUAUCUCUCUCUCUCUCUCGCUCGGAUACAGUUAAGGAUCUCUUUGACAGUCACAGGUAUAAAUACAGAACUGGUAAAUCGCUGAAGCCAAAAGGAUAGCAUUUUUCAGUAGUUCACUUGGAGAGAAGAAAAAACGUGACAAAAGCUUCUUGCUGAUGAUAUUUUGUCACUUUCAGUUUCUGGUUAUCAAAACAAGUUAGAUUUUUUUAGCUUUCUUGGAGAUCACUUACUGUUUUUUUCAUAUUUUAUCUUGAGGAAGUUGAAAGUUUCAGUUUUCGGGAUUUCUUUUCUCACAUCAGGUAUUCAAAUUUCAUUUCACUUUCUAGGUGUUCUGUGUUUGAAUGAUUAUCAUCUUGACAAGUGAGAAAGAAAGUGUUUUUGGAAAUCUACAGUGGAUGGAUGCUGUUCAGUUUGGCUUAUCAAAGUUCAAGGCUAUAUCAUCUUCAAAAAGUUGGUGAUUGUUUCUUGUAAGUUUUGAAAAUUGGGUUUUCAAGUGCAUAUAGAGACUUUUAAGGAUAAGAUUGAGUGAGAUUUGUUUGAAAUUCAUGUUUGAUCCUGGUGAAAUGAGAAUGAGUUAUUGGCUUUACAAUCCAUAGAAUCAAGAUUUAGAGUAUUAUAAGGGAAGUUUCUUUAAUUUGUGUAUGAUCAUGGAGAAAAGAAAGUAAUUUCUGGGUUUCAAAUCAAGGAAUCAAGGUUUCAGUUAGGAGCAGGGGAUUGGUUUUGAGAUUGAUUGAUAAUAGUGUGAGAUACUACUGUGUGUGACAAUGGAGAGACAAAGCAGUUUCAAUGGAAGAACAAUGGAAAAGCAGCAGAGUUUUCAUGGAAUAACAAACAAACAGAAAGUGUAUGAAAAGCAAGUGAGUUUUCAAGGAAUACCAAAUAAACCGAAGGUGAUGGAAAAACACUCGAGUUUCCAUGGUGUGACACAAAAUGGGUCAAUUUCUCAUAGGGUGAUGGAAAAACACCCUAGUUUUCGUGGAGGAGAGAAGGGUUUUCGUGGAUUUCUGGAGAAACAGAAGAGCUUUCGUGUGGUGAUGGAGAGACAACUUAGUUUUAUUGGUGGUGGUGAGAGGAAAAAGCCUAAAGAUUCACCUGGAAAGCGAGGAGACUCACAAAUUCAUUUGGCAGCACGUACGGGGAAUUUGAGUAGAGUUAGAGAGAUUCUUCAGAAUUCUGAUGGUAAUGACUUGAAGGUUCUGUUGGCAACGCAGAAUCAAGACGGAGAAACUCCUCUUUAUGCAGCAGCAGAGAAUGGGCAUGCUGGGGUUGUUGCUAAAAUGCUGGAAUAUAUGGACCUGGAGACUGCAUCUGUUGCAGCUAGGAAUGGGUAUGAUCCAUUCCACGUGGCUGCAAAGCAGGGUCAUCUUGAUGUCUUGACAGAACUUUUGCGUGUAUUCCCCAACUUGGUCAUGACAACAGAUUUAUCCUGUACAACUGCUCUACACACAGCUGCGACUCAAGGGCACAUUGAUGUGGUCAAUCUUCUUUUAGAAACAGAUGUAAAUCUUGUUAAGAUUGCCCGGAAUAAUGGUAAGACUGUCCUCCAUUCAGCUGCAAGGAUGGGGCACUUGGAAAUUGUGAGGUCCCUCCUAAGUAAGGAUCCGAGCACUGGUUUUAGAGCAGAUAAAAAAGGACAAACUGCAUUGCACAUGGCUGUGAAAGGGCAAAAUGAGGAAAUUGUGCUAGAAUUGCUAAAACCUGACCGCACUGUUAUGCAUGUGAAAGACAACAAGGGAAACACAGCAUUGCAUAUUGCAGUUAUGAAAGGCCGUACUCAGAAUGUGCAUUGUCUGUUAUCGGUUGAGGGUGUUAACAUCAAUGCCAUUAACAAAGCUGGAGAGACCCCACUUGACAUUGCAGAAAAACUUGGAAUUCAAGAGCUUGUCUCCAUUUUAAAGAAAGCAGGGGCUAACAAUUCCAAAGACUGUGGAAAGCCCCCAAAUCCCGCAAAGCAACUAAAGCAGACUGUCAGUGACAUAAAACAUGAUGUCCAGUCGCAGCUCCAACAGACCCGUCAAACUGGCGUCAGAGUGCAGAAAAUCGCCAAGAAGCUGAAGAAGCUCCACAUUAGCGGCCUCAACAAUGCUAUAAACAAUGCGACUAUUGUUGCAGUUCUCAUUGCAACAGUUGCUUUUGCAGCCAUUUUCACUGUGCCUGGCCAGUAUGUUGAGGAGAAGAUCGAAGGAGCUGCAAUUGGGCAAGCCCAUGUAGCAAGAAAUCCUGCUUUCUUAGUCUUCUUUGUAUUUGACAGCCUGGCAUUAUUCAUCUCUCUGGCUGUCGUUGUAGUCCAAACAUCUAUUGUUGUGAUUGAACAAAAGGCAAAGAAGCAGCUUGUGUUUGUUAUUAACAAACUCAUGUGGCUUGCUUGCCUCUUCAUUUCAGCAGCCUUUAUUUCUCUUACUUAUGUGGUGGUGGGUAAGAAUUCCAGGUGGCUUGCUAUCUAUGCAACAGUCAUUGGUGGCUUAAUCAUGCUUGCUACAAUCGGCUCCAUGUGCUACUGUGUCGUUUUACAUCAGAUGGAAGAAUCGAAGUUACGGAAUAUAAGGAGGGAAACUCGGCCUGGUUCUUAUUCUAUGUCUGUGGAAUCAGAUCAAGAGAUUUUGAACAGCGAAUAUAGGAGGAUGUAUGCACUCUGAAGAAUUUAGAAUUUGGAGAAGUGAAGCGGGAUUCUAUGACCUAUUUUUCACUCUAUAUAUGAAAUAGCUAUGCUCAUACUCUGGUGAUUAUAGCAUAUAAUUUCAGAAGUGGAGCCAAGAUGUGGAUUUACUUAAUAAUACUAGGGGAUGAAUGGAAUACUCAGGUUCAGCAAUUGAAGGAAGCCAUUGAUCUCCUCAUUUUGGCUGUACAUGAACUUCUGAGAAAGCUUCCUUGACAGGGUUUUGGUUUCCUUCUCCUGCUGGUUGCUCUGUGGUUUCCUAUUGGAUGAGCUCAAAUCUAGUAUGAAUUUGAACCUGAUGACUCACUACAGAUUCAAUCGAAGCUCAAAGCAGGUAAAAAGGUGUCAAUGACUGAAACUGUACAAGGGUCUGCUUGAAUUAUAUGCAUACUAUGUAUAAAAUGUAGUGAUAACAGGAUCCCUCUAAUUAAUGGAGAAAAGCUUACCACAUGGAAGUAAUUUACCA